AAGUUUUCGGUUUCCUUUGAGAUCUGCACCACAGCGAGUCAUUAGAGGAAGGAGUUGGAGCUGUUAUCAGCAGGGCGCAUAUGGUCGCUGUAGCUCAUUUCCACAUUAACAGAAUCAAUAUUUGUGUCGACGUUACCCCAUGAAGCGAGUUAACAGUCAGGUCUGAAAGCCAUUGUUUUAAUUCAGCUAGCCAAGGAUUACUGCCAAGACACCCGCCCUCCCAUUGACCCUGAUUGGCCCUGGCCUGAACCAAAACUGGGGUGCAAAGAUGAAAAAGAAAACAGUGGACAUUCUAGCAUUAUUUCUGACAGGUGUUGUGUGCCUGCUCAUUAUUAUAAACAAAAAUGACUCUAAAGAAGAAGUGAAAGAAAAGAGCAAAGAAAAGCAUGAAAAACUUCAUGACCUAACAGAUUUCCCCAGAACUGAAACUCCUCAGCCAUUAUCUACACGUUGUGAGCUGAAUAUCUCAGCUUAUAAUAUUACUGAAUUCUCUACUCUGCCAGAUCAUAUCAAAGACUUUCUGCUUUACCGACACUGUAAGAGUUUUCCCAUGAUUCUCGAUGUGCCUGAUAAGUGUGGUGGAGCUCAAAACUCUGCAGAUGUCUUCCUCCUGCUGGUCAUCAAGAGUUCUCCAGAGAAUUACGAUCGCAGAGAAGUUCUGCGGAAAACAUGGGCUGAGGAGAGACUGCACAAAGGUGUGUGGAUCCGUCGAGUCUUUAUAAUUGGUACAACUCAAAGUGGCUUUGAGAAACGCAGGCUGAAUAGGCUACUGAAGCUGGAGAACAAUGAGAACAAGGACAUUUUACAAUGGGACUUCAAUGAUUCAUUCUUCAACCUCACACUGAAGCAGAUCCUUUUCUUAGAGUGGAUGGACAGAAGGUGCCCGAACGCCAGAUUCCUUUUAAAUGGAGACGAUGACAUUUUUGCCAAUACGUUUAACAUGAUCGAGUAUCUACAGGGUCAAGAAGACAAUGAUGGAAGGAGACAUCUCUUUGCUGGACACCUAAUCCAGAAUGUAGGGCCUAUAAGAAAUCCUUCAAGUAAAUACUAUGUCCCAGUUCAGAUACAGGAGUCCGAGAGUUAUCCUCCGUAUUGUGGUGGAGGAGGCUUUCUACUGUCCGGCUUCACAGCCAGAACGAUCUACAACAUGUCACACUCUGUAAUUCUGCUGCCCAUUGAUGACGUUUAUAUGGGAAUGUGUCUGGAAAAGGCUGGCCUCAAACCUACAUCCCAUUUUGGCGUACGAACUGCUGGUCUGAGUGUUCCAGCUGAAAAUGUCGACAAAUUUGACCCUUGUUAUUACAGAGAAAUCAUUUUAGUCCACAGGUUUCUGCCACACAUGAUCUUUGUGAUGUGGAAUGAAAUACAAAACCCAGAUUUGAAAUGCGGAAAGACCAAUGUCAAUAGAACAAAAGAACAGGGUGUGUGAAGACAUUUUGCAAAGGGAAAUAUAAUAGCUUGCUGGAUUCAUUAUGAUCAGGAUUUUUUAAUGAAUGUUGACUUUUGCACUUUAACUGGGUGGUUGAUUCAUUCACAGCAAUAUUUAUUGUAUUCUUCAUUGUUUUGAAGAAUCAAAGAGAGCAUUCAGUAUAAAAUCUCUCAGAAAUAAGGUACAAAGCUAUCAAAGUUAACGUACAAAAGCUGUGACCUUUAACAUUGUUUCAGGGCUUUUUCUAACUUUGUCUGGGGGUUGAGGGGGUCUUUGAGUGUUUAUAUUUACUGUGUAUUGUAUUUAGACAAUACUGUUACUCUGAACAUUUCUAAAAAUGUUGUUACAUUUGCAACUGCAAACUGCAAAAUAAAUGACUGGAAAUGUACUGUCUGCUCCAUACAGAAACUGAAUUAAAGUCUUUAAUUAUUCAAGUCCUUCUGAA